AUGUUGUCACGUUCGAAGGUCAAGACCAAUAGUGGUGCAGGUCUGCUGAACAUCGUAAUAAAUAGUCUACCGAUCGAACUUCAUAUCCCCGGGUAUCAAUAUUGUGGUCCUGGGACAAAUUUAAAAAAAAGACUCGCUCUUGGCCAGCCAGGAAUAAACGGUUUGGAUUCGGCGUGCAGAGAACACGAUAUAGCUUACGAUAAAAGUGAUUCUUUGCCCGUACGCGGCGUGGCGGACAGAAUUUUGGAAGAAAGUGCUUGGAGCAGAGUGAGGGCGCAAGACGCUGAUUAUAAAGAAAAAGCUGCCGCGUGGCUUGUAACUACGGGUAUGAAGGCUAAACGGAAAAUCGGUGCCGGAUGUGGAUUUGCUAAUAUUGUUGGUGUGUGCAAAAAAGCGUUAAAAAAAUCGAUAAAAUCUUGUGUCGGAACACCGAAUAUGAGCAGCUUAAUUAAAUCAACUGUCGCGCAAAAACAUGUGAAGUCUGCGGGCGCCCGAUCGAAAAAAAAUAAGAAUAAACCACCUUGUGUCAUUAGAGUUCCGAAAACAUGA